AUGGGUGCGUUAUAUGUUCACUCAAGACCUCGUCAGAAAAACAGGUCACCAUUUUUUUUCUCCUGGACUUUGUCUUCAGGAGUUUGGAUGUUUAUUAUAUAUGAGAUUGCAGUGCUAAGGUUGCUAGAAAUAACUCAAUUGGAGAAUUUUGCUUUCCUCUUACUAUUAACAUGCACAUGUUAUUCCUUUUAUAAAAUGAAAGCAAUUGCUGAUUUUGAACUGGCUAUAGGUUCAUCUAAGGGAAAAGAAUAUAGCCCAGUGUUAACAUCUGAUUCACAAUACUGUCAGAUAUGUCAAAUUGAAGUAAAUGAUAGAUUUUUCCACUCUAUAUGGUGGGACUGUUGUGUGCUAAGGCAAAAUUAUUUAUAUUUCUUAACGGGACUAGUUUUUGCUACUGCGACAAUCUUGUUUGCAAACAAUCUGGCUCUUACAACAGUUUGCCAACCAUUCUUACUUUAUGGUGUUAUUUUGUUGCCUGAAAAUUGCAAAGAUGUCUACUUUGAAUUCCAGCUUGCCAUAUCAUUUGUAUCUUGUACCUAUGGAUUGGGAUACUUAUGUAUUAUUGCACUGGUAUUGAUACGACAGCUAUUUGUAUAUAUUCCAAAAUUUAUAGCACCUGACUUGAGAAAAUUGGUGAAUAUUGAUGUCUGA